AUGCUAUCCAUUAGAUUUCUAAGUCGUUCCACGGAAUCCACCUUUGCAGUUCUACGCAGGAGUACGACCUACUUUCAUUCAUCAUCUAUUUUACAGACGGGAAAAGUGCUUGAAGCUAAAAAAGAGACGUUUAACAGUUUAGUAGAGACAGCCAGUGAACCCGUUAUCGUCGAUUUCUAUGCCGAGUGGUGCAGACCAUGUAAAGUCCUGGCACCAAUCAUCGAAAGCGCGGUGAAUUCGAACAAAAAAGUCACUCUAGUUAAAAUCGACGUCGACGAAGCUCCCGACAUUGCUCAGAAGUAUGGAAUUUCAUCAAUGCCAACGGUAAAGGCCUUUCAUAAGGGCAAAGUGGUGGAUGGGUUUAUAGGCGUACAACACGCAGAAUUCGUCAAAGAAUUUGUGGAAAGAACGGGAUCAUUGGCUAAUUAA